GGUCGCUAUAAAUUCUGGAAAAACAUUUCACCGAACCCGAUUCUGCCCCGCUCCUUCACGAACAGCAGUUUUUGGCUAAGCUAACUCAAACCCACGAUAACUGAUUGGGGGAAAUGGAGAGGAAGGCGAUAAUAGUGUGCUGUGCUGUUGGCUUUUUAGGGCUGCUAUCUGCGGCUACUGGAUUUGCUGCCGAGGCCACAAGGGUUAAGGGAAAUCAGGUAGAAUAUCCGUCUACCAUGGAAUGUAUAUAUCCAAGGAGUCCUGCUAUGGCCCUCGGAUUGACAGCUGCUGUUGCACUCAUCGUUGCUCAAGCGAUCAUCAACAUAACAACUGGAUGCGUUUGUUGUAGAAAAGGCCCUCAUCAAUCCAACUCUAACUGGACUCUUGCACUUGUCUGCUUUGUUGUUUCCUGGUUUACAUGCAUUAUAGCAUUCCUCCUGUUGCUAACAGGUGCUGCUCUCAACGACCAACAUGGUGAUGAGAGCCUUUACUUGGGCGGUUACUACUGUUAUGUCGUAAAGCCAGGUGUUUUCGCAGGGGCGGCUAUCUUGUCGCUAGCCAGCGUCAGCUUGGGGCUCAUUUACUACCUCAUAAUGACCGGAGAAAAGAACCGAGCCAAUCCAUGGCCUGCUGCACCCUUCCCUUCCCCACCGCAAGCAAACAUCGCCAUGGGACAACCUCAAUUCCCCCCACAGAAUCCGCAAGGCCAUCCUGCCCAGGGCCCUGUGUUCGUCCAUGAAGACACUUACAUGAGACGGCAGCUCGCUUAGCCACUGCUGUAAGGUAAUUGGCUCCUUCUUGAGGCAAUUUUAAGUACAGAUUAGACUGUGUGUGUGUAGAAACAGGGCUGGAUGGAUAUGGGUUCAGUAGUUACAGUACAGAAGUAACUAAACUAUUUGUUCGUUCGAUCGAUGCUAAUGGCGAAAACACUUGAUCCUUUGUUUGAAAUAUGUUAUGGAUGGCCGUUGGGACGUCCCUUGGCUUCGGUGUUAAUGAAGCGUGUUUGGUUUCAAAAUUUUA